CUUCUGAAUAGUUGCUCUUCAGUCCUUCUGUUCCCAUUCAAGCCAUGUUUCAUCUAUUGAUGCAGGGGAACCUUGAAGCUAUCACCCCCUCCUGACCAGACUGCAGCUCCAGGGUUCUCAUUGCACCCAGUAUCUCCAGGGUUCUCUUUGCACCUUAAGAUCAUGCACAGAUGUCAGUAAGCACAAUUGCGUCUGAUUUGCUGCAGUAUAUGCGUGCGGUUGCAAUAACUUUGGUGAAUCGGUCGCAAUUGCUUACAUAAAAUCUCAUUCACGUUCUAUUCAUUCCUAUAGGAUUUUUAGAAUUGUAUUUAUCAAUGCGUGAAAGUUAGAACUUACCAUCCAUGGUGCAGUUAGGCUGUGUAUGUGCACUUUAUACAAUAUAUACAUUGAGAGAGAGACUUAAAAGGUUGAAUUUAAUAGACGUGUGUCUUUUUCUACCUAACUUAACUAUGUUACAAUGUAAAUACUGUUCAAAAUAUCCCAUAGGAAUGAAUAGAAUGUGGGUGACUUUUUAUUAAUUAAGCUUUAAACUCACAUUUUGACAAUUCUUACAGUAAGUCAAAGAAUGAACAUAAGGUCAAGUCAUAGUAGAGCAGAUCCACGUGCAUAAUAGGCUAGUUAUAUUCUCUAUCACAAUUAGGACUAGCUAUGAGGUUUUUUUCAAGCAGCCUUUACUGCUGUUUUGUUUCUCAUGGCCAUGCAAGGAGAAAUAAGAAAGUAUCAACAGUGCACCCAGCUAACAGUUAAAUGCUACAAUUAAUAACAAUUAUGUAUAAUUUUACAAAGGAAAUUCUGUAAUUGCUUCUCUAAAUUCACAAGGCAAUUAAAAUAUUAGCAAUGUAGCAAAGUUCACUGGGAAAUAAGACCUGUCAAUUUGAUAUCCGUUCCCAAAAUAGAAUGUAAUAUAUUUUGGGAGAUUGCAGUGGGAUUUCUUACUGUGCCGGCAGUGUUUUAUAUUUUUAUACAUACACUAAAACAAUUGAAAAACAGAAACUUUACAUUAAUGGUGAGAAAACAUUUUAACUGGUUGUGGUCCAAGUUUUUAUGUUUUAAAGUUGAAAGUGGCUUUCCAUUUUAAAAGGGUUGUACACAUUAUAAUAAGCAUAAUAAUAAAGUGGUAGAAUUGACUCCACCUCCAGUACUGUUUUACCUAUAAAUUGAUUUAGCUGAGCAAUUUAACACACUAGCAUAUCUGUUACAAUCCCAGGUGGCAAUUUACUUACUGCUUCUUUGGCUUUUUUUAAGGGCCACGGAAACUCAGCAAGCCUCUGAACUGUGGGCUACUUCUUAAACUAUUUUUCUAAAUGCUUCUCGAUUGUUCGGUAUUGUGGCUUCAAAUUCCAUGUGCAGAAAAAUGUUUCCAUAUACGGUUCAGGUUAAUAUGAAGCUGGUACUUUCCCUUUCAGGAAAUGCCACAAAUACUAGCCAGGCAAACACAUCUCUUGUAGAUGCAAUAGACACGCAGAAUCCACAAAUUGCAAUGAUAGUUUUAGUGACAGUUGUUGCAUUUUUUAUUUUUGUCACGGUUCUGGGGAACACACUUGUUAUUUUAGCUUUCAUUGAGGACAAAAGACUUAGAAGCCGGAGUAAUUUCUUUCUUCUUAAUCUGGCAAUCUGUGACUUUUUUAUUGGUGCAUUUUGUAUUCCUUUGUAUGUUCCGUAUAUGUUCACUGAGAAGUGGUUACUUGGGAAAUUUCUUUGCAAACUCUGGUUAAUUGUCGAUAAUCUCAUGUGCACUGCUUCAGCAUUCAAUGUAGUCCUGAUCAGUUAUGACCGAUUUCUCUCUGUCACUAUGGCUGUUGUGUACCGAUCAAUUGACAGGAAGCAUGGGCAAACUGUACUGAAUAUGGCUUUAGUGUGGAUUCUGGCUUCCCUCUUGUACAGCCCAGCUAUAAUUUCCUGGGAAUACUUUGAUGGUGAUAAAUCGAUUUCCGAAGACCUCUGUCUUCCUGGAUACUUUUAUGCUUGGUACUUUCUUCUGGGAGCUUCAAUAUUCGAUUUUCUUCUGCCUUUACUAAGCAUUUCCUUUUUCAACUUAAGCCUCUACUGGAACAUUAGAUCACGAAGCAGAAAAAAGCAACACAUUGUAACAUCUUCCAUUGACUCAAACUUAGGUGUGAGUCCAUCUAGGCCAUACAUCAUAUCAGACAGGGACUUUCAUGAUGGCGUAAAGGACUUAAAAACACCCCAGUAUAAAAAGAACAAGCGAUCUAUACCUUUAUGUUUAAAGAGGUGUUUUUUUAGGAAAGGUUUGCCAUUGCAUAGGGAUCAGCAGACAGCCACUAAUAAUGUCCAUGUUAUUAAACUCUCCAGAGACAAGAAAAUUGCCAAAUCUCUCUCAAUUCUUGUUUGCGUUUUUGGCAUUUGUUGGGCUCCUUACUCACUUCUCAUGACAAUCCGUGCGGCCUGCCAUGAUAAUUGUAUUGCUUCCUAUUGGUAUGAUGUCACAUUUUGGCUGCUCUGGGUUAAUUCCUCCAUAAAUCCAUUUCUCUAUCCGUUGUGCCAUGAAAGCUUUAGGAAAGCAUUUGCCAAAGUAAUGUAUAAGUACAUAAAGAAGAACUCCUUGAAGCCAUGAAAACAUACACAGACGCUGAACCUUUAGGACUGACAUAAGUUGUAAAUAGAAAUACUGUAAAUAGCAAAUACAUCAUGAAGAAAUCACAGGAGAAAUUCAUUUGUGGGAUAUGACCUUUUAGUAGUAUGCCUGUGUAAAAGCCAAGAUUUAAACAUAUCAAGUUCUUUAUUGAAUUAAGGUUUUGCACUGUCCUGAAACCCAUAGCAAUGGUUCUAUAUAUUAUUUAAAGGGGCAGAAUUUACUAUUGCUUGUAUUUUUUACGACCAGUGGCCACAAUUUUCACUUGUAAACAAACAAAGAGGGGCACAUAUUUUUCUAAUCAUUUAGAUUAGAAAGACCCUGUUAAAGCUACUUUGUAAUAGAAUGUUGUCUAUAAAACAUGAUUGUGUUCAGGGCGCCCCUAGGCCGGCAGGUCCUAGUGCCUGCCUCUUUUACGCGGCCCCAAUACCAGUGCGAGCGUGAGUGAGCGCAUGCGGCUGCUCGCUGGGGAACUGCGGCUCCCCAGUGCUUAGCGAGAAUGCAGCUGGGCGGCAAGCCGCCCCUAAAAAUCCGCCACAAAUCCGGGCCUGAUUGUGUUUAAUUUAAGUCCUGCUAAUUCUUUUUCAGGCAUAUUUUGGAUUGAUCUAGAGCAGGGUUCCCCAAACUUUCUUUUAUUUUUUACCCAUGAGCAACAUUCAGAUGUAAAAGGAAUUGGGGAGCAAUGCAAGCAUUAAACUUGUUCCUGGGGGUGUCAACUAAGAACUGUGGUUGGCCUUUUGGUAGUCCCUAUGUGGGCUGUCAACAGGGAGCUCUGUUUCGCAGCACACAUGGGGGUAUAUUUAUCAAAGAGUGAAGU